AUGGCCAAGCUCGACCUCUGGAAAUGUCGAAUUCAGCAGGGAAAUACAGUCAGUUUUAGUUACUUGGAUUAUGUUCUCAUUCACGGUAACCAUAAUUCUAAGUUAAAGAAACAAAUAAUCACCCAUCUAUCUGACUUGAAAACAGAAUUCAUCAGAUACUUCCUAGAUGCAGAUGAAAAGCGUGAAGCUUGGAAAUUCCUCAGGAACCCAUUUCAGCGUGAAGUGACUGAUGUUUUGGAUGACGUGCAAAAGGAGUUUCUUGAGCUGAAGUUCAACUCUCCAGCUAAAGAAGACUUCAAAGAACUGGAUUUUGAAACGUUUUGGAUCAAGUACCUUUCUGUUUACCCUCUGGUAUCACAUCAGGCUCUUCGGAUUUUAGCUAUGUUUGGAUCCACGUAA